AUGCUCGGUCAGAUUCGCUUCGGUCCUCGACUGGAGCUCGAGAAUAGGACUGGCUCUGCGCUCUCGAUUACCUCUCAUGACGAGGAAGAGGUGAAAUUAUCAGAGAAGUGGACAAGAAAGGACGAUGAACCGGAUUACAAGAAUUUUCUCCUAGCUCAACAAACUAUACGUGGGCAUCAGAAGGCUAAGCAUGGUAAAAUGGACGAGCCUCAUUCUGCUGACCACGAACGAGCCUCCAGUACUGCAGCGCUGAAUAGAACGAGUGAAGGGAGACUACUAUACUAA